UAAAUAAAAAAAAGGAAAGAAAAGAAAAACUCCCGUCGCGUGCCAAGAAAAAAAAAAAGAAGAAAAACUCCCGUCUCGUCUCCGCUCCAUGCGCCAGCGCUGAUCUCCAUCUCGCGAGGAGGGCAGAGCAGGGCGCCGAUCCUCAAUCUCGCGACCGGAGCAGGGGAGGGGUUCCUGCAUCCUGAAAGGUGGAGCUCAAAUCAUUAGUGCCCCAUUUAUCUCGUACCAAGGACUUUGGUGCCUCAUUUUGUGAAAAUAAGAAAUUUCUGUGAGCUGCUUCGCAACUGUCCUACUCAGGGGGCUACACCUGAUCUAGCAACUAAGAUUAUGAACUUUGAGCGGAUCUCAUAGGAUUUGUAAAGAAUUCUUUUGUUGGAGUAGUUUUUUUUAUUUGAAACAAUGAAGGAUCAUCUAAUGGUAAAUGUUGAUGAUCUAAUGGCGCCUGAAUGCUUUGAGACCACUGGGGCAGCCAAGAAUUCAUCAGGGGAAGCCGCUGCGCAGGCACCCACUACAGUGCAUACCUUUUUGGCAGUUGGAGAAAGCAUGGCCCCUGAAGAAGAACCUCUUCUGCAGUUGGUGGAAUGUCGCAUUUGUCAGGAGGAAGACAGUAUAAAAAAUCUGGAGAGCCCAUGUGCCUGUACUGGCAGUCUAAAGUAUGCUCAUCGGGCUUGUGUGCAACGAUGGUGCAAUGAGAAAGGAGAUGUAACGUGUGAAAUUUGUCAUGAGCCAUAUGAACACGGUUACACUGCACCUACUAGGCCUCAUCCUGAUGAAACUACCAUUGACAUCAGUGGUGGCUGGACCAUUACUGGUACUGCAUUUGACUUGCGUGAUCCUAGGAUCCUUGCAGUUGCACAGAACCACAUUAUGGAAGCUGAAUACGAUGAUUACUCUGCCACAAAUGCCAGCACUGCUGCUUUUUGUCGCUCUGCUGCUCUAGUUUUAAUGGCUCUGUUAUUAUUGAGACAUGCGCUGACUCUAACUGAUGAAGAUGACGAUGAUACUUCUGCAAUGUUUUCACUUUUUCUAUUGCGUGCUGCUGGAUUUCUGCUACCAUUCUAUAUAAUGGCUUGGGCAGUGAGUAUCUUGCAGCGCCGCAGACAGCGACAGGUCAGUAUGUUAUCAUACAGGAGGCGGCUGCCUUAGCAGCAACUGAGGUGGCAUUCAUUCUUCAGUCUGGGCAAGGAACCGGAGUGCAUUUCACCAUUGCACCGGAUUCGCCGACCACACCGCAGCACGAGCCACAGCCUUGAAGGAGUGGCUUGGUCGGCUGCAGCCGGGCAGUGCUCGAAUCGCCCAAGGCUAGAAUUCAUCGACGGCUGCUGCUACUGUCAAGUGCAGAAACCACAGAUACAUUUGUUCGCGUGUGUGUGCCAGUGUACUAGUAGUAGAGAGUGUAAAGGCGCAUUUGGUUUGGUGUCUCUCUCCCAGUUUGCGCUCCGGAUUUCGCUUGUGCGUUUUGCUUGUCGGCCCGGGAGUAACGUGGUGUGUAUAUAAAGCAACAACGCUACUUUGAUUAAGUGUUCUGUAAUUGUUCCAAGAUGGAACGGGCACUCUACAAGUGCAGUUUCUUCUCUGCCCAUCUCGUUGUCUACUUGCUCAUGUCAUCUGAUGCUAGUGCAAAACUUUGUUGAGAAAAAUGGUAUUAUCUCUGUCUCAAAAUAAGUUAAUAUGAUACAGGAUGCGAUA